AUGAAGAAUCAAACUAUAAUAACAGAAUUUAUACUUAUGGGACUUUCAAGUGAUCCGCAACUACAAUUCUUUCUCUUCUUUGUGUUUCUGAUCAUAUAUGCCACCACGUUAAUAGGAAACAUUGUCAUCAUAUUGGUAAUCAGGAGUGAACCUACACUUCACACCCCCAUGUUCUUCCUUCUCAGUCACCUGGCCUUGGUUGACAUUUGCUACUCAUCUGUCACUGUCCCAAAGAUGCUGGAAAACCUUAUAACAAAGCAAAAAACCAUUUCUUUGGUGGGGUGUCUCACACAGAUAUUCUUCUUUAUCCAUUUUGCUUGCGCUGAAGUUUAUCUGCUUACAGCAAUGGCCUAUGAUCGUUACGUGGCUAUAUGUGACCCACUUCAUUAUUCAGCAAUUAUGAAUAAACAGAUGUGCAGACAAUUGGUGGGAGGAGCCUGGAUAAUGGGUUCAUUGGAUGCUCUGGUCAAUACACUGCCCCUGAUGGAUUUAAACUUCUGUGGAUUCAACACAAUUAGCCAUUACACCUGUGAACUUCCUGCAGUUUUGAGCUUGUCUUGCAGUGAAAAUUUCACCAAUUAUAUCUUGAUACUUGCUUCCAGUUCUAUAUUUGGUUUCACUCCCUUCCUCCUCACCCUUGUCUCCUACAUUUAUAUCCUUGCAACCAUCCUGAAGACCCAGUCAGCAAAAGGCAGGAGCAAAGCCUUCUCCACCUGUAGCUCACAUCUCAUUGUAGUUUGCUUGUUUUAUCUUUCAGUUUUUUCUCGACAUAUGAAGCCAAGUUCUAAAACUCCCUCAGACCUGGACAGAGUUAUCUCUAUCCAGUACCUUAUUUUAACCCCCAUGUUAAAUCCUGUCAUAUAUAGCCUUAAAAACAAAGAAAUAAAAACUAGUAUUUGGAAAAGCUUUGGGAAAAUGUAG